AUGCAGCCUACUAUUCUCAAGACGAUUGCAGUUCUCACCCUUCUCGCCGCGCCAGCCAUUACUAGUGACGUCAUCGGCACUGGCGAUGACAUCUUCGCGCCGGUAGCUCCCGUUACGCAUAUUGCUGGAAGAUCGCCCAAAGGUGGCAGAGGAGGAGGGAGAUCAUCCAAGUCCAGCAAGAAGUCUGGUUCAGCUGGGGGUACUAGUAAUAGCGCUGCUGCAGCCCCACUCGGGGUUGGAUUGGCUGCGAGUCUGAUGGUUGUUGCCGGAGUUGCUAAUGUUCUUUUGUAG